GCUUUGCAGUGACCCUCCCAGAGGCCUACGAGUUCUUUUUUUGUGACACUAUUGAGGAGGAGGAUAAAGAUGCCGUGGAGGCGGCAGAAGCUGACCAGGCGCUGGCCGGAGUACAGUGGCCGGACACGUGCGAGUUCUUCUUCCAGGACCGCCGAGCCCAGAGGUCAGGGCACUGGGGGGGGGUACUCCGUGGCCCACCCCCCACAAGCUGAGCCUGUGCCAGCCUGUCCGCCUGGAGACCCCGUGCCCAUCUCCAUCCCCGAGGCCUAUGAACACUUCCUUGGGGAGGACGUGUCGGGGGGCGUGCUAGAGCUGGCUGCCCUUCUCCAGCUGCAGGCCACAGAGCCCCCCGGGUCGGUCCCCUGGGGAGUGGGGUCUGGAACCUCACCAGAGCCUAGCCCAGUCACAGCAGAGCAGCUCAGCCUGGCAGUCGGGCAAGCAGGAGAGCCCCGGGAGCCUCUCACCUCGUUUACCUUCAGCCAGAAUGACAUGUGCCUGGUGUUCGUAGCCUUUGCCACCUGGGCUGUGAGAACGUCAGACCUGCACACCCCAGACGCCUGGAAAACAGUCUUGUUGGCCAACAUCGGCACCAUCUCUGCCAUCCACUACUUCCGCCGGCAGGUGGGGCAGGGGCGCCGCAGCCGCAGCCGCAGCCGCAGCCGCAGCCCCAGCCCCAGCCGGUAGGAUCCAGGCUCGGUCCAGGAAGACGCAGGACAAAGAAGUGGCCCCAGGGGCUCAGGACGAGGUGCUGCCUCAGGUCUUGCCCUUUGAUCCCUGUGUCCUGUGGCAUCUAGGAAGGAGCCAGUGUCCUCGGUCCUGGCUCCCUUGGAUUCCACCCAAAGGUCUAGCCAGCGGCUGAGGCCACGGCUGUGCUCCACACCUGGAAAGAGGGAGAUUCUGGAAGGCUGGGUGGGUAGGGCUGAGCCAGGAGCUGGUUAGUAAGGUGGCCAGAUUAGCAAAUAAAAACAUAGGGUGUCCGGUGAAACUCGCAUUUCAGACAUGCAGUAUUGGAGAUUGUACUAAAUUACGCGUGGCUUAUCCGAAAUCAAAUUUGACGGGGUGUCCUAUGUUUCAUUUGGCGAGCUGGGGUGAGAAGCAGGACAAAGCGUUGGAAACUAGAAGGUGUCAGUGCAGCAGCAAGGCUGCAGCUGGAAAUCCGGGCAGGGGGCAAGGGCGAGGAGACUGGGUGGCCUUCAGGUGGAGGGGGGUGUCCCAGAGACUAUCUGCCCUGUUUACAAGUGGGCUGGGGUAGUGAAAACCUCUGAGGCCUCUUUGACCCCUGAACCCCGGGGGCGUGUGGCCAAGGCCUUCUUGGCUCCUGAGACCGUGAGCGGGAACCCAUAGGGGCCUAUAGGAGGGCGGCCCUAGCAGGGUGAGGGUCUGUAGGGCAGAGGCUGGAGCCCCUCCUGUGGGGAACCCUGGACGAGGCACAGGGGCAGAAUAUGGUGGUGUCAGGUAAAGGGACUGAACAUUUGGGGUUGUCCCGGGGCUUUGAGGAGCCAGAGAUGGGGCAGGAGCGCGGGUGGGAGGCUGGUGGCGGCAAAGCAACGGAG